AGAUUGAGAGAUAUAGAUUGAGAGAGCGAGAGCUAGGAACCGGCAGUGAGCUCGGACGAUUCGCAGUUGAAUCCAUGGUUGUCGAAUUUGGUGGAUGAUUGCAAGCUUGUGAUCCGAUAGUGUCCCUGGAAAUGGAACGCCUCAUCGCCUCGUGCGAGAGAGGUCAAUAUUUUUCGUGUCGAAGGUCGAACCAGCCGCAGCUUCUGAGCCCAAUUGGAAACGAGGGAUCGUCAAGUGGCGGAGACGACGGCGGCGAGAGUGAAAAUAUCUCGAGUGGAAGGUGACGAAGGGAGGGAGGCCGGAGGUGGUUGGUUAGUCGAUGCGCUAUAGACCCCUUGCUGCCAGGAAGAAGCUUUGAGUGAGGUCUCGAGAGUUGUUGUUCGAUUGUGUUCCCCGCAGUGCCAUUUUUGUGUUUUCCCAACUCGAGAAGGUCGCUGAGAUGACUGCCACUACCGAAGACAGGUCGAUGGAUCCCAAAACCGCAACAGCCGUGAUGUCCAUGGCCGGACGGGCCGUGCGUGCAUGCGACGUCUGCGGGCGCGACCGCGCUCGAUGGUAUUGCGCCGCCGACGAAGCUUACCUUUGUGGACGCUGCGACAAUUCCAUUCACUGCGUCAAUGCUUUGGCGUCGCGCCACGAGCGCGUGCGCCUGAACCCCAAUGGAACGGCAUGCAAGGGCGGCGAGCGCACCUCGUCCAAGUCCUUCCCCGGGCUGCAAAUCCGGAAGAGCAGCAAAUCCCUGAAGCACCACGUGAACCCCAAGAUGCGCAUGAUCAAGGACGAAAUGCUCGCGCAAAGUUUUUUCUCCAACCCCGACGACACCUCGCGAGUGCCCGGGUACCCCGAGAGCCUUCCGGAGGACGAAAGCUCGCGGCUCGGCCUCCCCGCCUACGUCCCCGAUCUGCAAGCAUCCGUGGACGACCUCGGAGGGGACGGCAGCGCCAGCGAUGGGUUUCCCAUGGACAUGCCCCAGGAGCUGGAUUCUCUCGAGAGGGGCGACGAGGACUGCGUCGGCGGGAGCGACGAUGAGUACCUGGACUUUACAGACAUCGUCACCGAGGCGGAUUUUCUCGAUGACAAAGGAGACGAGGGAUCUGUGUUCAGUCAAGACGACAUCAAAUCAGAACACUGUCACGAUGCCGUGAAGAACGAGGGGUUCGGCCAAUUCCAGCCCGUCUGCAACGACGGCUUCGAGUCGAUUAAUGUCAAAGUGGAGAAGGACGGGUCGUUGUUCCACCAGACGCAACAGUUCAGUGAGGAGGGCCAGACUAAGUGCCUGUCGCUGAAAUUGAAUUACGAGGACGUCCUGAGCGCAUGGUCGGGACGAGGUCCGCUGUGGACUGAGGAUGGGGGCCAACCCCAAACCGUGCCAAUUCUCUCGAAUAUUGAUAUGGCGCUGAACCUGGACCUCGAGAGCUACCACAGAGAACAAUUAGGCGAGGUCCCCGUGCUCGGGAUGGGAGAGGAGGUGUCGGAAGUCGGAGUCGGACGAGAGGCUCGAGUCAUGAGAUAUCGAGAAAAGCGCCGCACUCGACUCUUCUCCAAACAGAUACGAUACGAAGUGCGCAAGCUGAACGCCGAGCGCCGCCCACGUAUGAAGGGCCGCUUCGUCAAGCGACUGCCGCCAUGAUUGUGGGGUACCUUUCUGCUUCUCUUCGGGGCCCCGGUACAUCGAGCGGUGAUAUGUUUUUAGUUAUUAUCAUGAAUUUAGUUAGGGAGGAGGGAGAGGGAGAGAUUGGAGAGACCGAGACCGAGCGGAAGAAGAGAUGUACAAAUUUGACGACAUAUCCAAGCGGAACGCUUUUGUGAAUUAGUAAGUUCGAGCAGAGAGAAUGGAAGAUUUCGCCUGAUAGUCCACCUGCUUUCAUGCACGUGGGAAGGAGCACUUGAAAAUAAAGACCGUGCGAAAAUGUACAAAUGCGCUGAUUAUUCCAGCUGAAAUCCAUAAAUUUUUGAUUACCUACUCG